UCCACACGGAGCUAUUUUGCAGACGGGUACAGGCUGUGUUGACAGCGCGGGUUUGGUUAAAUGAUGUAUACGUUUCCCACAUACAUGCUUAAAUACUACAAUUAAAGAAGCACUAUGGCGGAGUCCAGAGACACGAAGGUGCAUUUUACUCUGAAAGAACUGACUCUUUCCGGUCAGACUGAGGAUGAAGAUGUGCCCGGCAGCUCGUCCACCGUGGAGAUGAAAGACAGCAAACUGGUGUGUGUGGAGUAUCCGGGGGUAGUCACCAAUGUGGACAAGAUGCUGGAGACUCUCGGGGGUGAAAAAACAGUGUCCAAAUCUUUCAAUCACCCCAACAGACGUCUUGAGCUGCGUUACAGGCCUAAGGACCCUUUCUGCCACUCUCUUUGUGGAAACCGCUUCCCAUCAACCAACCUGCUCCUCAGAGUGCGGCGGCGGGUUAGGAAAAAGGACCCCAAGGAUACUGAGAUCCAAAUGGAUGUUCUUGGAGUUAUUGGAACAACAUACAAAUUCCAAGGGAUGUCAGACUUUCAGUACCUCGCUGUGCAUUCAGAAGGUGGAAAAGAAACAUCUUUGUACGACAAGAUCAUCCUCCGCAAAUCAGAGAAUCAAGAGUUCUUUGAGCAGCCCAUGCCUUACUUUCUUCCUCCAGCUGCCUUCUCACGCCUCGACAGCCCUGUGGAUUAUUACUACCGGCCAGACAUCUUUCAAAACACAAUGCCCGUCAGCAAGUCAAACUUUAUCGGUUUGAAUCGAAAUCGCCGGCCCCACAACGCUAUUUUUGUGAGUUUCAGUGAUCCUAGCGUUCCCACUGAGAGCCUCGAGGCCGCCAGGAGCAACUGGGCACGAGUCUGCGUGAAGGAGAAUGACAAGCAGGCAGAAGAGCAAAUGAAGAAGAUGUUUGAGAGUCGGCCCAUCUGGUCACGGAACGCGGUCAAGGCAAACAUCAACGUCCACCCUGAGAAACUGAAACUGCUGCUGCCCGUCUGCGCCUACUAUACGGUGACAGGACCGUGGAGAAGCCUGUGGGUGAGGCUCGGCUAUGACCCCAGAAAGUGCAAGGAGGCGAAAAUAUACCAGCUACUGGACUUCAGGAUACGAUGUAGCACAAAACACGGGUAUUCGUUAUCUGACAUGCCAGUAAAAGCCAAGAGGAGUGCUCUCGACUACAGUCUGCCUAUCACAUUCAAUAAAGCGGGUCCUCAGGUAGCCAGCGUGAUGGAACUUUCAGCGCAGGAGGGUCCGGGCAGCAGCCGAGAUCUAACACCGCUCUCAUACCAGCUAAAGGAGUCCUCCUACAUCUUCAGAGAGGGCAUGCUGCCUCCACACAGACAGAUGUUUUACCAGCUCUGUGACCUGGAUGAGAAAAGUCUCAAACAGGUGAUAGAGCAGAAAAGUAAUGAGGAGAUUUGUGACGAACGGGACGGCUGGUGUGUUGUUGGCACCACCGACAAGCUGAGGGACCUGAUCUCAGGCAUGAUCAAGAAGGUCAUCAGAGCCCAGAAACCAUCAUUGCCAGAAUACCCCAAGAAACAAAGACGUGCACGGCAAAGAAAACAAACCCCCGAUUCGGACGAAGAGGAGGAGAUGCCGGAUGACAAGAACAAGGACGACGACGAUGAAGAUGAUGAUGAUGAGUUUCAGCCGUCUGAGGGGAGUGAAAAUGAGAUGGAGACAGAAAUGCUAGAUUACAUCUAACAAAAGACAUUAAUGAUGACUGUUGAGAUUUUGCAUUAUUCAUUUGGAUUGUUUUUUUCCAGUGAGAUUUAAAUAAAAAUUGAGGUUUUCUA